GGAAAAAGGAAAUAAUACUGAGAAGAGAGUAUUAAGUGUAAGUUUCUCUAAAUGGGAUCCUUUUUUAUUCCAUUGCCUUAUUUUACCUUUCACUUUUUCUUGUUGUUGUUGAUUACUCAUUUUACUUCCUACACUUUCUCACUGUGCAACAAACAUGACAACUCUGCCUUGUUACAAUUCAAAAACUCUUUUUCUGUCAGCACUUCAUCUCAACUCUAUUUUGCGCGUUCUUCUUUUUCUUUCAAGACAGAAUCUUGGGAAAACAGUACAGAUUGUUGUGAGUGGGAUGGUGUCACGUGCGACACCAUGUCAGAUCACGUGAUUGGUCUGGACCUCAGUUGCAACAAUCUAAAAGGUGAAUUACAUCCCAAUAGCACCAUCUUUCAGCUUAAACACCUUCAACAACUCAACUUGGCUUUUAAUCAUUUUUCUUGGUCUUCAAUACCUAUUGGUGUUGGAGAUUUAGUGAAACUCACACAUCUAAAUCUAUCAUACUCUGACCUCAGUGGUAAUAUUCCUUCCACAAUCUCUCAUUUGUCAAAAUUAGUAUCACUUGAUCUUAGCAGUUACUGGUCCGCAGAAGUGGGAUUGAAACUCAAUUCGUUCAUUUGGAAGAAACUCAUUCAUAAUGCUACUAAUUUAAGGGAACUUUAUUUGGAUAAUGUGAACAUGUCUUCCAUCAGAGAGAGCUCUUUGUCAAUGCUAAAGAAUUUGUCAUCCUCUUUGGUUUCUCUUAGUCUAUCAGAAACUGAGUUGCAAGGAAAUUUGUCAAGUGACAUCCUCUCUUUACCUAAUCUUCAAAGAUUGGAUUUGUCAUCUAAUGAUAACCUUAGUGGUCAACUUCCAAAGUCCAACUGGAGCACUCCUCUAAGGUACUUGGUCCUCUCUUUCUCUGCUUUUUCAGGUGAAAUUCCUUAUUCCAUAGGUCAAUUGAAGUCUCUUACUCAAUUAGUCCUUUCAUUCUGCAAUUUUGAUGGAAUGGUUCCUCUAUCUUUGUGGAACCUCACCCAACUAACAUAUUUGGACCUCAGCAACAACCACCUCACAGGGUUCAUUGGUGAGUUUUCAACAUAUUCUUUGCAAUAUUUGGAUCUCUCUAAUAACAACCUACAAGGUCAUUUUCCAAAUUCAAUAUUUCAACUCCAAAAUCUUACCGACUUAUAUUUGUCAUCCACAAACUUAAGUGGUGUUGUGGAUUUUCACCAAUUUUCAAAAUUAAACAAACUAGGUUCCCUUGAUCUUUCCCAUAAUAGUUUUCUUUCUAUCAACAUUAAUAGCAAUGUUGACUCCAUCUUACCCAACCUUGUUGACUUAGAAUUAUCUAAUGCUAAUAUUAAUAGUUUUCCUAAAUUCCUAGCGCAACUACCAAAUCUGCAAUCGUUAGAUCUCUCCAACAACAACAUUCAUGGGAAAAUUCCCAAAUGGUUUCAUAAGAAGCUCAUGGAAUGGGAAAACUCAUGGAAUGGGAUUUCGUACAUUGACUUGAGUUUCAACAAGUUACAAGGAGAUCUUCCAAUUCCACCUGAUGGCAUUGGAUACUUUUCACUCUCAAAUAACAACUUCACAGGAGAUAUUUCUUCAACAUUCUGCAAUGCAAGUUACCUGAAUGUUCUCAAUUUGGCUCACAACAAUUUGACAGGUAUGAUUCCACAAUGCCUGGGAACAUUAACUUCUCUUAAUGUAUUGGAUAUGCAAAUGAACAACCUCUAUGGAAACAUUCCUAGAACCUUUUCCAAAGAAAAUGCAUUUCAGACUAUAAAGUUGAAUGGAAACCAAUUGGAAGGACCAUUACCCCAGUCUUUGUCUCACUGUUCAUUUCUUGAAGUUUUGGACCUUGGUGACAACAACAUAGAGGACACAUUUCCAAAUUGGCUAGAAACUCUACAAGAGUUACAAGUUCUAAGCUUACGAUCAAAUAAUCUUCAUGGUGCAAUCACUUGUUCUAGCACCAAGCAUUCAUUUCCUAAGUUGAGAAUUUUUGAUGUUUCUAACAACAAUUUUAGUGGGCCCUUGCCAAUAUCAUGCAUCAAGAACUUUAAAGGAAUGAUGAAUGUGAAUGACAGCCAAAUUGGUUUGCAAUACAAGGGUGCGGGUUAUUACUAUAAUGAUUCUGUGGUGGUCACAAUGAAAGGUUUUUCUAUGGAGCUAACAAAGAUAUUGACUACUUUCACAACUAUUGAUUUAUCAAAUAACAUGUUUGAAGGUGAAAUUCCACAAGUCAUUGGAGAAUUAAAUUCUCUCAAAGGACUUAACCUUUCAAACAAUGGAAUCACAGGUAGCAUUCCACAAUCUUUAAGUCAUUUGAGAAAUUUGGAGUGGUUGGACCUCUCAUGCAACCAAUUGAAGGGUGAGAUUCCUGUGGCUUUGACAAAUUUGAACUUCCUCUCAGUCUUAAACCUUUCACAAAACCACCUUGAGGGAAUCAUACCUAAAGGUCAACAGUUUAAUACAUUUGGAAAUGAUUCUUUUGAAGGAAAUACAAUGUUGUGUGGAUUCCAAUUGUCUAAAUCAUGCAAAAAUGAGGAAGAUCUGCCACCUCAUUCAACAUCUGAAGAUGAAGAAGAAUCAGGAUUUGGCUGGAAAGCUGUGGCAAUUGGAUAUGGAUGUGGGGCAAUAUCCGGGUUCCUCUUGGGAUAUAAUGUAUUCUUCUUCACUGGUAAACCUCAAUGGCUUGUUAGAAUUGUUGAAAACAUGUUUAACAUAAGACUGAAAAGAACAAACAACAGAUACUGUGCAAAUCGCAGAAGAAUGAAUUAAUUUGAUGUUUGUAUUUUCAAA